UGAACGAGAUACAUCAAUUAUACGCUGACCCUUAGCAAUGUCAUGAUAAAUCUGGCCUUUAAGAUCCAAUACAUAAUGAUGUGGUAGGUCAAAACAAUUGGAUGACCUUCUUGCUUUGAAGUUUGGACAUGUGGCUACUGAAGCUAAGAGCAACCAUACAUGAAAAGGAAUACUGUUUCAAAUGAGACAUUUCCUCUACAAAUCUCGGUUCCAGUGGACCAUUAAUUGUUCAAUGCUAAAAGCCUUGCGAAAUCAGUGGUACCGAGUCAUUUCUUGGAUCUUCAAUUUUGUCAGCCUAUACCAUUUAUAUAACAGGAAACAGUCUAAAAGACUAAUGAAACAUUUGAAGGACCAAUAGAAGCUUAAUAAUUCGAUAAACAUGCAUAUAUGUGUUACUUCAAACUUGGCUUACAUGGAUGGUACAUAUCCUUCAGGUUUUAGUCACUAUGCAACCAUGCAAUUGCAACGUAGCUGUACUGACAACUGAACGGCAACUGUGGGACACUGACAGCACAAGUUUAGCUGAAAAAAAAAAUCAAAUUGACCUGUCUUUUUCUGCUGAAAUUCGGAGUGAGCCUUAUCUUCAGAAGGUUUACCAAAACUAGGGACCUUGACCUUAAGGGCACAAACAGUUUAGAUGUUGGAUGACCUUUGACCAUCAAUCUGAAAAUUGGCUGAAAGGCACGUCUCCCCAGUCCCCUGUGCAUAUACAUGGACAGCUUGUGGCAUGUCUGCACGUUGUCUGGAGCUAGCAAUCAAUGGGGAGAACAAUGUCAGCCCUGUUGUGGUUGUUCCCGCUCUGCUUCGCCGGCGGCGUACUUGUUCAUGGUCAGGGGACGCCCGACACCACCGGCUUCAUCAGCAUCGACUGCGGCCUCUCGGAGCAGAGAAGCUACGUUGACGGCACCUCCAAGUUGCCCUACAGCUCAGACGACGGCUUCAUCGAUGAUGGCUCCAACUACAACGUCUCCGCGGAGUAUACUGACCUUGCCUACUCCAGACUUUACCCACAGGUCCUCAACCUCCGCAGCUUCCCUGGCCCGCCGGGACGGCGCGGCUGCUAUACCCUGUCGUCCUUCGUGGCGGGGACGUCAAAGUACCUGAUCCGGGCCACCUUCAUGUAUGGCAACUACGACGGGCUCAAUAAGCCCCCGGUCUUCGACCUCUACCUCGGCGUCAACUUCUGGAAGACGGUGAACAUCUCCAAGCCCGACGUGAUGGACGUCGGCGAGGUCAUUGCCUAUAUUCCGGCCGACUCAGUGCAGGUUUGCCUGGUGAACACUGGCUCAGGGACGCCGUUCAUAUCGUCCCUGGAGCUGAGGCCUCUCGAGGACACGCUGUAUCCGCUCGCCAACUCGACUCAGGGGCUGUCCCUCAUCGGCAGAUACAACUUCGGCGGAGAUUAUUUGAUUAGGUACCCAAACGAUACAUAUGACCGUGUAUGGGUCCCACAAACCAAUCAGGAGUGGUUUACCAUCUCGACAAGACUGACCGUCGCCAUGCCGGUGGACGACGAUGAUCGUAAACCGAACUACGAUGUACCUUCUAUUGUGAUGCAGACUGCCGUCACGCCGGUCAACACCACUAAGAACCUCAUCUGGUUCCCCUGGGAGGCCCAACCGAACCACAUCUAUCCGUUGCCUGGGCUCCUCCCUGUUUUGUAUUUCGCUGAGUUGGAGUUAGUGGACAGCGAGCACGAGCGCAUGUUCUUCAUCAGCGUUGAACGCAACUCCACUUGGAUGCUUCUAGGAAGAUUGGACUACCUUGACACCUUCGUCGAGUACAGGGAUGCACCUUUCCCAUUUAUCAACCCUGAGGACAACUACAUCUUAUUAAGAGCUGCCAACGCUACAAGAUUGCGGCCGGUUUUAGACAUCAAUGGUACAGUAUUGCCGCCGUUCAUCAACGCCGCCGAACUUUUCUCCCCCAUUUCCACAGCCGACGUAGGCACUGAAGCUCAAGAUGUGUCUGCCAUCACUGCAAUCAAGACUAAGUAUCAGCUGAAGAAAAAUUGGGUGGGUGACCCGUGCGCCCCAAAGGCACUUGUGUGGGAUGGGUUGAACUGUAGCUAUCCAAUAUCCCGACCUCAAAGAAUCACAAGUGUAAACAUGUCAUUUGGCGAUUUGAGUGGUGAUAUAUCAUCUUAUUUCGCCAAUCUCAAAGCGAUCCAAUACCUGGAUUUGUCAUAUAAUAAAUUGACUGGAUCAAUACCUGAAGGUCUUUCACAACUACCCUCUCUCGUACUACUAGAUUUGACAGGCAAUGAUCUUAAAGGAAUGAUCCCAUUCGGCCUACUGAUACGAAUUCAAGAUGGCAACCUAACGUUAAGAUAUGAUCACAAUCCAAACCUUUGCAGCAACAGCAGUUCUUGCCAGCCUAUGAAAAAGAACCAAAACUCUAAGAAUUCCACAUACAUUUAUUUACUAAUAGCUGCAGCUUUCAUGGUAGGAGGCCUAGUGGUAUUAUUGGUUUUGGUAAUGAGAGGAAAACAAGGACCGACUAAACCACAGAAUGAGGAGAGCGACUUGCAAACACGCUCGCGCAAUCGUCAGUUCACAUAUACUGAACUGAAGGUGAUAACGUCCAACUUCCAGCGAGUGCUCGGCGAAGGAGGGUUUGGCCUUGUCUUUGACGGCUUCUUGGAGGAAGCUACUCGGGUGGCAGUCAAGCUAAGGUCUCAAUCUUCCAAUCAAGGUGUAAGAGAGUUCUUGACAGAGGCGCAGAACUUAACAGGGAUUCAUCACAGGAAUCUAGUGAACUUGAUUGGUUAUUGCAACGAUGGGGAAUACAUGGCCCUUGUCUAUGAGCAUAUGUCAAAAGGAGAUCUCCAAGACAAACUCAGAGGAAGAGAUGACGGCGAUGGAUGUUUAACCUGGAAACAGAGGCUCCGUAUUGUACUGGAGUCUGCGCAAGGACUCGAGUAUCUGCACAAGGCGUGUAGCCCGCCUUUCAUACACCGGGAUGUGAAGACGUCAAACAUCCUACUGGAUGAAAAUCUGAAGGCUAAGGUUGCUGAUUUUGGCUUGAUGAGGGCCUUCAAUCACGAUGGCGAUACCCAUGUAUCCACAGUCAGGGUGGUUGGCACGCCAGGCUACCUUGCCCCUGAGUAUGCAACAGCGUGGGAGCUCACUGAAAAGAGUGAUGUGUACAGCUUUGGCGUCGUGCUGCUGGAGGUUAUCACGGGGCAGCCUCCCUUCGUGCAAAUCCCAGAGGCGCAGCCCACUCAUGUCACCAAGUGGGUGCAGCAGCGCCUCUCGUCUGGAGACAUCGAGGGCGUGGUGGACGCGCACAUGCAAGGCGAAUACGACGUCAACAGCGUGUGGAAGGUCGCGGACCUCGCGCUGGAGUGCACGGCGCGAACUCCCGAGCAGCGGCCCACGAUGACCCGUGUGAUGGCGCAGUUGCUAGAGUACCUUGAGCUCGAGGAGAGCCGCGGCAUCUUCUACACUGGUUGCAGCAGCGAUCUCAGCUCGAGUUCUACUAUGUACGCCACCGACCAGGCCACCUCUGAUGUCGCGCAGAGCACUACUGGAGCUCAUUCUGGCAGGGCGUCAACGGUGGCCAGCGGUCCUGCUGCACGAUGAGGAGUAUAUCGCCAUCGCAGACCCAUACCUCUAUGUAUCUCUAUGCGAUUGCUAACUCAUGCAAUAACUGUGUUUCAAAGUGUAGAAUAUAUGCGAUCCUUUCGCAUUGAGGAAUUGAUUAUCGAAUUUGCAUGCUUAUCUGAGUUGUUCCUCGAUGCAG